CGUAGGGAUCCGAGGCGCGGGAGGAGGCGGGAGCUCGGGAGGCUGCGGAGGGGGCGGGUCUCGCGUCAGGCGCCACGUCCGCAGCCGGAGGCCGCCGCCGCCGCCGCCUCGGACCGAGUCUUCCGAGUCCUGAGCCCGAGGAGAGCGAGCGGAGGAGAGUGAGCAUCUGGAUCGCGCAGCCGACCCCGAUCGCGUCGCCGCCUCUGCAGUCCCCGGUGCCGCCGCUCCUCCCCUCUGCCCGGCCGCUGCCCGCCCCGACCCCGCGUUCUCUUCACUAGCAAUUUCAGGUGAAGUUCCACAGUAGAAACAACAAAGGAAUACUUGCACUGUCGCUGCAGCUCUUUAGUGUUGAUGCUAAAGUUUCUAGUGUCCAUUGAUGUAAUUUCAAGUUCUUUGUAAACUCUGCAGUUUGAAGUAGGACACAGUAGGAUGAGGUGAUCAUGAAUCAGGCAGAUAAAAAUCAAGAAAUUCCAUCUUACCUUAGUGAUGAGCCACCCGAAGGGUCAAUGAAGGAUCACCCACAGCAGCAGCCAGGCAUGUUGUCUCGUGUGACUGGAGGGAUCUUCAGUGUAACAAAGGGAGCUGUUGGUGCCACCAUUGGUGGUGUGGCUUGGAUUGGUGGAAAGAGUCUGGAGGUGACCAAAACAGCUGUUACAACUGUGCCUUCCAUGGGAAUAGGGUUGGUGAAAGGCGGCGUGUCCGCUGUGGCUGGAGGUGUGACGGCUGUAGGGUCUGCUGUUGUAAACAAAGUGCCCUUAUCAGGAAAGAAGAAAGACAAGUCUGACUAAGGGACAGGAACACGCGUGCGCUUGUGCGCUGGCACACGUGCGCCACAGAAUGGGAUGCCAGUGGCGUUGAACUGCUCAACACAGACUACAGCCAAGCCCACUGCUAAACUGUUGUGCUCAAAGUAUUGACGGCUGGCUUCUCUAAAACAAGACGAGACCAAUACUCUCUGUGUGUGGAGGCUUUUCACACUUACGUCCAGCUUUUUAUCUGGUAAAAUGUUACACUUGCUCGGUUGUAACUGAAGAUAUGGUAUGUUUAAAUAUUUGCUCCGAGUCUUUCAGUUUGACUAAACAUGUGAAGGUUCACCCUAGUAGAUGAUACAGUUCCACGUGUGCAGUGUGCCAGGUCACUCAUGUGCCCCUUAGAAGGGAUUGAACCACAAACUGUACCUUUGAUGUGCCUAAUAGUUUCAGAUGUCUUAGUUUUUUAUAACAAUAGUGGUUUAGGCCAAGAGGCGUUCUUAUUUAAGCUGGCAGAAAAGUCGCAGGAAUUCAGAAGUUUAGAAGAUAAAUGGUUUUAUGAUACUGUUAAUUGUUUUUUGUUAGAUAAACCUUUUAUUUGUUUAAUCAUUGAUGCCUUACAAAAGAAAACAUCUUUUCUAAUACCGUAAAUAUGUGCAGUUCUUAUAAUUAUCAGUGAAUUCCUUUAAAGGUUGUAAAACUAGUUUUCCCUCUUAAGAAUCUCAGGAGUAUUGGGUGAAGGCGUCUCCUGUGUCAGUGAGUGAGACAGUGCUUGUUUGGUGUCAGGAGUUAAUAUCAGACAUAGGCUUCAGCUGGGUUCGUGGUCCCAUCGUCAAUACGCCCCACAAUGCCUAGGGAAUAUUUCUUAGCUGAUCAGAAGCUGUGUGGGAAGAGUUUUAUAUUAAGAAGGAACAAGUAUUAGUUUUUAAGUUCUUAUAAUUAUCUGAAGCAUAAUUAUAUGAAGAUAAUCCUCCAUGCAUCUUCUGUCUUUAGGAUGUCUUAAAUUAUCAGUAGCAACUCCUUUAAAAAUACAAUAGAAGCAACCACACACAUAUGAGGAUUGACUCUUCAAAUGAGUGAGAUGGGCUGUACACAUUGGCUUUGAAUAAACACACACAGUGCUCUCAGUGACUUCUAUAGGUUGUUUGUUCAUCUGUCUGUCUUCUGAGAUGGUAGCUCCUGCAGCCUAGGCUGGUCUGGAACUGGAUACACAGCGGAGGGAAACCUGGAGCUCCUCAUCCUCUUGCCUUCACUUCCCAAGUGCUGGGUCUAUGUGAUGCUGGGGAUGGAGCCCAGGGCUGCGUGCGUGGUAGGCCAGGACUGCACCAGCUGAGCAGCACGCGCAGCAGAAUUCACUCGUGCUUUAACACAUGUUCUUCUGCAGCCCUUUAAAGCAGAUGUAGACACCGUUUUCAAGCCAGUGUCAGGUAGGGAGUUGACUUUCUUUGGCAUGGUGUGUUGUGUCUGAAUGUUCAUCAUAGCUCAUUUAUUCUCACAGAACCGAACUCAAAAGUCCAUUUGUUUUGUUUUAGUGUUCAGUUUCAUGAAAACUUUAGUAAGUGAAAUGUGUAUUUGGCAUUUAUCUUAUAAGCUAAGCCUGGGGAAAACCCUUAAUUUUCUUUAUACCUAAAACUAGAAAUCUGUCUCCAUUUUGUCCUUUCUAAUUCCCUGGAGAGAAGAGGAGAGUGGUGCCUUGACAUAAACAAGUCAAAGUGUAGUGUCUGAGAACGUGAGAAGAUCACCCUCACAUGCAGGCUUCAGUGUUUGUGACUCGUGGGUCAACAACUGGAUAAAAGCAUUCAUAAAUAACAGCAGGAAUUUCAAGCAAAUCUAUAAAUGUUCUUGGACCUUUAUGCUUACACAGAACUGAAAAUCACUAAGGAAUUAAAUUCAGAAGGAUUAAAUGGCCAUUUAUCUCAUGCAAUAUAAUGUAAGAGGCAUUUGUUGGUACAUCUGGUGAAAUGUCUUAACAAAUAUUUUUUUAAUUCCAAAAUUAAUAGACCCAUUCUCAGUGAUGUAAAUACUGGUGUUGGAGAACUCGAUUCCUGCCAUUUAGGAAUUACUGCUGGUUUGUUUCUAACUUCAAGACUGGUUUAUGUGAGCUGCAUAUUUAUUUUCAACUUUGCUUGUCUUUAAAAUCACUUAAGGAAGAUGGCUGUGAUUAAUUUCUGCUACAGAAAAGCCACCCGGUAGAUUUUCUCCAUUCUCCUAACUGCUAAAGUGCAGUGUUGCUCAGAGGGGCUUUUACAGCAGCAGCAGAACUGCGCAGAUGUGCAGUUAUAUCGUUCCGUUGAGAUGAGCUUGCAUUUGAUGGUGUGUACAGCUGUACACGUCUCUUCCGGUUUAUUUACAUAGACGAGCAGUGUGAUCUGUUAAACAGGACUAGCUCACUUCCGAAACUAUGGUUGUUGUAUACAUCUGGAAGCAUCUGGUAUUUAGCUCCUUUUUUUUUUUAGUGGGUUUUGGCACAGUGGAGAUAAAUUUGUGUGAUCCACUUGAAUAAAUGACCUAAUGUUGACGUAUGAAUACUGUAUUUAGUGACAUGUCAGAUGAAAGUAGCUGACUGAAUAAUGCGGGUUGUUCCUUUUUGUAUUAAAGGGAUGGGGAAGGACACAUGAAUCUGAUAAUAAAGGACUAUGAUCUGCAAAGAUGGAAUGUUUCAUAAAGAUCUACAGAAAUAAAGGCAAUUCGUAAACAGGAUCUUAAAACUUUUGGUUACGUAGCAGUUCAGGAAGUGCUGCAGUCAGGUUUUUGGUGGUAGCUGACAGACGUGAUAAUCUGGAUGUAGACAGAACAGUGAAAUACAAACACAAUUGAAGACCGAGAGUUCAGAUGUCCAGGUUUUGUCAGUCUCCAGGGUGGGCCAAGGCUUUCUUAACUCUUGUAGGUUGUGCUUAGGCACACUGAAGUGUGAACGCUGAGUUACACCUAGGGAACACGUCUAGUGUACAUUGUAGGGGUCCCAUGCCCACUUCUCCAGGGCUGGGGUUAUAAGUGUUACCAUAAUUGGCAUUUUUUAUGUGAGUUCUAGGAAUCAAACCUAACUUAGAUUCUCAUGUCCCAAACGCUCUGCUGACUGAUGAGUGUCCUGAACCCUCCUCUCCCUCACACCAGCCCACCCCACCAUCCCACUCCACGCAGCCCACCCCACACAGCCCACCCCAUAUAGCCCACUCCAUUCCACACAGCCCACCCCACAUAGCCCACUCCACACAGCCCACCCCACACAGCCCACCCCACGCAGCUGCCUCACUUCCCUACUCCUCCAGUCACCCCUGAUGCAGUCAACCAGUGACUGCCCCCCUCCAGAUUGAUUACUCACUGCUCUGCGUUGUGGGGAUCUCAUCUACAGUGUAGCUUCAGACGCUACAGUAAUGCAGACGGUGCUACUGUUUAUCUCCUCUGCUGGCUCCUUGCUGCUCCACACUUGGUCAUUUGCCUGUUACCAACCACCUCACAGUUGACAGGUAACUGCAGAAGGCCACAGAGCCUGUAACGUAUUCCAGACCUGCUCUGAAAGAGCGAUGAGUGCAUGCAUUACUGCUCACGGCCAGGAUGGAGCUCUGGAGGUCCCCACCACACUUGUGAUUGAAUCUGAGGUCAAGUGUGCACUCUGCCACUAAGCUGCCUCUGGCCUUAACAUUUUUCUUGACAGUCCUGAGUGCUUUGGGUAAUGCCUUAGACUGAGCCUCACUGUAAACAGUGAGUAUUCUUAACUUCCUGAGCACUUGUGGCUACUCAGUAUCCCAGCUAAGAAGCUGAGCAGAUUUGGAUAGUGAGAGAUACUUGCAUUUGAUAAGAGAAUAAGAAAGGGUACUGGCUGCAUUCUUAGUAUGUUUCAGAAGCUGUGCACACUCCAUAGUCAGCUGGCCGUGUGUUAUCGCCAGUAUUACAGUUGUUACGAGUGGUACAGCUGAAAGCGAGCCAGUCUUUAUCUGGGUCAUGUUUAUCUUGGGACAGGAUUUAGAAACGAAGUGGAACACUACAGCUGGAAGUGGUACCACAUGAGGUAGAUUUUCAUGCUUUCUAGGAAGCUGCAUUCAUUUCAGAUGCGAAUGAAGUUUGAAACGACCGUUUCCACACCCCUCCCCACAGUCUGAUUGCAUUCCUUCCUGAUUGCAUUACUGUGCAGGGAAAGGUGGCCAUCUUCCCCAUUCCUGAGGCUGGGACAGAAUUCAGAUCUUAAUACAUCUGGACUCUUUGUUAGGUUCCUAACGGAUGUGUGUGUUCGUAGAAGUA